AUAAAAAUUCAAAAGGAAUUUCAAACUUUCACCAUAUAUACACUGAAACGGUCCCCGACCAUUUUCUCGAGAAAUCCCGAUAAUUUUCUCGAGAAAAUCCCGAUCACCUAAAGAAACUCGAAUUUAUAAUGAAAAUAUUACCUAAUUUUUUGGUUCUGCUCUUACUAGUUCUCGUUUCAGUUCAAUCCAAGGCCUCGGUUGGAUCUCCAUCCUCGGGGGAAGCCUACGUCACGCUUCUCUACGGGGAUGAGUUCUUAUUGGGCGUUAGGGUUCUCGGGAAAUCGAUUAGGGACACUGGAUCGAAGAAGGACAUGGUGGUUCUGGUCUCCGAUGGCGUCUCUCACUACGCUAACAAGCUUCUCGAGGCUGAUGGGUGGAUAGUAGAGAAGAUUAGUUUAUUGGCGAAUCCUAACCAAGUACGUCCGAAGAGGUUUUGGGGUGUCUACACAAAGCUUAAAAUCUUUAACAUGACUAAAUACAAGAAAGUUGUAUACCUUGAUGCCGACACUAUUGUGGUACAAAAUAUUGAGGAUCUUUUCAAAUGCGGAAAGUUUUGUGCUAACUUGAAGCAUUCUGAGAGGCUGAAUUCUGGAGUCAUGGUAGUCGAACCAUCUGAAACUGUAUUCAAUGACAUGAUGAGCAAAGUUAAUACUUUGCCUUCGUACACUGGAGGGGAUCAGGGGUUUCUUAAUUCAUAUUACACUGGAUUUCCAAAUGCACAUGUUUUUGAGCCUGAUGUACCCUCAGAGGUGUUGAAUUCAAGACCAGUUCCUGUAAUGCAGCGGCUAUCCACACUAUAUAAUGCAGAUGUUGGUCUUUACAUGCUUGCAAACAAGUGGAUGGUAAAUGAGAGUGAACUCCGUGUUAUUCACUAUACUCUUGGCCCCCUGAAGCCUUGGGACUGGUGGACAUCUUGGCUGUUGAAACCUGUUGAUGUCUGGCAGAAUGUUAGGGAACAGCUUGAGGAAACCCUUCCUGGAACUGGAGGGGGCAGAAAUCCUAAUGAUCAUCUUCUUGUCAGAUUUCUCUUUCUAUUACCUUUUUGUGCUUUACUCUUCUGUUACUAUCGGUCUUUUCUUCAGACACGGGAGUACUUUGGAUCAUUAUGUAGAAGUUCAUUAUGCGAUGGCAUCAGACACCUGUACUACAAAAUUAGAUCUAUUGGAUCACUUACUUAUUCUGGUGUUUCUACAUCAUCUACCAUCGGUUCCAACCCUCAUCCCAAGGUGCCUAUUUAUUUGGGUGGAAUAUCUGUCUGCAUCUGUUUUAUGGCUGCUGCUGUGUCUCUUGCACUUGCUCUGGCAAUUGUGCCUCGGCAAGUGACACCAUGGACUGGUUUGCUCUUGAUGUAUGAGUGGACCUUUACAUUGUUCAUUCUAUUGUUUGGAGGUUAUCUGUACUUGACUUAUCAAUGGGGAAAGACAACAGCAACACAUGCAGGAUCCAGUUCUUUUAAUCCUGAAUCUUUUGAUUAUGAUUCUGGAAAAGGCCAUCAACGGCAAGGAUUGUCCUGCAAUGUUGCCGGAUGGUAUUAUGGGUUAGGGAUGGCAUUUUUGGCUAUUGCAGCCCCAUCUUUGCCGUGUCUUUUCGGGGUUACUGCUCUAUUUUUAAGGUUAGGUUUGAUGGUUGUGGGAGGACUGAUUUUGGCAUCUUUCAUGACAUACGCUUCAGAGCACCUCGCAAUUAGAUCAUUCUUGACAGGCCAUGAAGACCGAGACACUUCGCGAAAUAUGAGCUUCUGUUUCUUAUGUUGAUUAGUGACUUAAAAAUGAUGUAAUCUAUUAGCAAUGUGUGUCUCUGCUAAUUGUAAUUUAUUUGGCAUAUAAUUCCAUAUGCUUGAUUUGUACAAUUUUGCUGAAAGUUGUCUUCCAAAUAUGCCUUUUUUCCUAAAGGUUUUUGUU